AGACAGCAACAUUUGCAACUUCAUCUGUUAUUACCGUGGGGGCAAAAUGAGCAACGAAAUCCGGUUCUUUGAGCUCAACACUGGAGCUAAAAUCCCUUCACUAGGGUUGGGAACUUGGCAGGAGACUUCCCAACCGGAACCUGGUGUCAUUGCUCAUGUUAUAACUCAUGCUAUCAAGGUUGGUUACCGCCAUAUUGAUUGUGCUCAACUCUACGGCAACCAGAAGGAGAUUGGCUCAACAUUAAAAAAGUUAUUUGAGGAGGGUGUAGUCAAGCGAGAAGAUUUAUGGAUUACCUCUAAACUCUGGUGUACAGAUCAUGCUCCGGAAGAUGUACCAAAAGCUCUUGAUAGUACUUUGAGAGAAUUGCAGCUUGAUUAUAUAGAUUUAUACCUUAUUCAUUGGCCAAUUCGAAUGAAGAAAGGAUCGGUGGGAUUUAAGGUUGAAAACAUUGUGCCAGCAGACAUACCUAACACUUGGAAGGCAAUGGAAGCUUUGUAUGACAGUGGAAAGGCUAAAGCUAUAGGUGUAAGCAAUUUUUCCUCUAAGAAGUUGGGAGAAUUGCUUGAGGUUGCUCGUGUUCCUCCUGCUGUCAACCAAUUAGAGUGUCAUCCUGCAUGGCAGCAACACAAGUUGAAGGCCUUUUGCAAAUCUAAGGGUGUCCAUUUUUCUGGAUAUUCACCUUUGGGUUCUCCUUCUUGGCUAGAAGGUGAUUUCCUUAAGCAUCCAGUUAUAAAUAUGAUCGUAAAGAAAUUAGGAAAGACUCCUGCACAGGUAGCUCUUCGAUGGGGAUUGCAAAUGGGCCAUAGUGUGCUUCCUAAGAGUUUUAAUGAAGGAAGGAUAAAGGAAAAUUUUGAUAUUUUUGAUUGGUCUAUUCCCGAGGACUUGCUUGCUAAACUUUCUGAGAUCAAACAGGAAAGAUUACUUAAGGCUAGCUUCUUAGUCCAUGAAACAAAGGGGAGUAACAUAUUUGAGGAGGAAUUAUGGGAUGGUGACGAAUGAGAACUCCAUUGAAUGUUUUCGUACAAUCAAAUUUUAAAAUUAAUAAAAAUGACAUAAAGUAUAUUUUUAUUUUUAUUUUUUUUUAUCUACACUAA